UCGGCCGAUCCGAACAGCCCGCAGUUCACAUGCGGCUCGAUCAGUGAAUCGCUCUGUCGUUUGCCGUCUCACCCGUUAUUUCGCAUAGCGUAGUGUAUGUGUGUUUGUGUGUUUUUGUUUGUUUGUGGGCGCGUGUGACGUCGUAAAUACAAUAUAUUAUUUCGUUUUGUCGAUUAGGAAAUAUUGUUAUCGCACCGACGCCGCGCCGGUUUAUACGUAUUAUUAUUGAUAAAGUAAAAACGAGAUACCAUCGCUAUAUUAAUUAAAUACUGUUUCAUACCGAGUGCGGUUUGAAUUGGUUUUUUUCUCGUUUCGAUACAGACGUUACACCGAGAAAUAGGUGAAAAAAAAAAAACAAUAAUAAUAAUAAAAGCCAAUCGCCGGCCGACGAUGAACGCCGCGUCCGAAACCCCGGACAUCCGUAGCAAGACUUAGAAGAAAAAAAAAAAAGCAAAAAAGAAACAAACACCAACCGAAAGUUCCGAUCCGCCAGAAAAGAUAAUAUAAUAAUAUUAUAAGAUAUUAUUAUCGUCUCUCUUCGAAAACCGAAAAGGUAUUGUAAACACUAUAUUAUACCAUUGCAAUGUUCGUAAACGUAAAAUUUUAUGAUUUCCUCGGUUUCUGGUCGUAUUAAUAUUACACAACUGAACACGGUUUUGAACACUUAUACUUUGUUUAAUUUUGCCGUUUUUCCUUUCCGUUUCUUUAUUUUGGGGGAUUUUCUAUUUAUUAUUAUUAUUAUUAUUUUUUUUUUUGUUAUAAUAUUUUAGGAAAAAAACCAUCUAUACCUACUUUACUACCGCCAACGUUAAUAUUCUUCUCCUCUUUGAAUUUUUUUUAUCUGUAUUUACUCUCUAAUUUAUUUUCGAAAUAACGUAAAAUUGUCUGUGCGACCUGAUAGACCGAGACCUAUGUAUGUACGCAUGACUAUGUACGACUAACGGUACGUUCAACAAUAUCUGAUUUUUUUUUUUUUUUCAAAUCCAUUAUAAACAGCGUUGAUAUUCAAACAUCAAAAUAUUCGAUUUGUCUGUUCGAUACGAGGCUUACUAAUAAUGAGUAAAGUAUUUGUAACAUUUACAAUAUUUUAACAAUACACGCAUGUAUAAAUUGAAACGCAUUAUCGGAUUUCAAUGGUUUGUUUGACAUUCUAUGGGUUUGGUGAGCCACAAAAAAGAUUCAUAGAAUUCAUAAAAGCCUCAUGGAAAAUCGGCCUAAACGUUUAGCGCGUGUGCGCGUAUCUAUGUUGGAUGAAUACAAUUAACAAUGUGCCGUUAUUCAAGCGCCUAGACGAAACGCGUGUGGAUACCAGGCUAGACUGGUGAACGCGGCGACCGCGGAUAAAAAACAAGACGGUUCUCAAUAGAGGUGUUUGGUGAAUAGACGCGACGCGGCGGCGGACGGGCGCGCGCGCGCCCAACUGUUGCUCGCGGCAUUUUAUCGGCGACGUUUCGUUUCCCCGUCGUCGUCGCGGCCGGAUAAAAACAAAACGAUCGUACAUUAUAGGCGCGCGCUACGGCAACGACAAUAUUAUUAUUAUUGUUAUUAUCAUCGCGCGCGAACAAUACCCGUUUUUUUUUUUUUUUUUAAGUUUCGGGACUAUAUUCGAACGCCAUUGAACGGUACGUUUAAACGUUUGCUACACCGCUGACUGUGAUCUUUGCGCUCCAACUCGAUUCGGCCGGAAACGAAUGACAAAAUGAUAAUGUCAUAAUUAUAUCCUAUUUAUUAUUAAUAUUUUACUAUUGUCGUUUUUCCCCGUAGCCCGUGCAUGAUUCGUUUGACGUUCAUCAGCACAGUAUACACCGAUAAAACUAUACCGGGCUGGUUGGUGCCAUAUAAUCAUAGACAUCAUAGAAAUUAAGACGGAGCGUUAGGGACGUAGGCAAGGGAAAACGGAGGAUUAAAGCACUCCCAUUCCCACAUGCCCAUAUUUAUUAUUAAUAGAAUCGGGCACACUCGAAUGAAGCCCUUCUUAAAAAAAAAUAUAUAUAUAUCGUUAUUUUUAAUUUUCUGCAGAUAUAACACGAGUUAGCAGGCAUCACUUGCCUUUUUGACUGUAUAAUAUUACAGAUACUAAAGCAAUUAAUGUAACUUAUUAUACAAUUAGUUUUAAGAUUUUUUUUUAUGUUAUUUUUCAUGUUAACACAGUGUUAUCUGAAUCUAAAUCAGUGAGUGGAGUAUCAAUUGCGUGACGGUACGGCACGUAGUGUGUUAAUAAUGCACCACUGUUCUCUUCCAACCCAAACUUAAAUGUGGAAUAUCUUGUCAAUGGCUUGACAGAAAUCAAAAAUGCCAAUACUAAAAUCUAUUUUAACUAAUACUCCAUCUAUUUAUCGAAUUUUUAAUAUAAGUUGUCAUUUGAAAAUCAAAAGUAGUUAGCGGUUUUACCCCCAAAAAUAAGGGUGACAAGAAUAACAUAAAUAUCAAAUUGUAAAUUAACUUGUAUUUUAAAUACUCUAGAAAACAAAUUCCGGAAAAAUGUAAUACUUUCCGAGAUAAUGAGUGUACUAACUUAAAUGGAUUACCUGGUGUACGAACACUCAUCAUGAGCUUUAUAGAUUUAGAACGUAGCGAAGAACUAUUAGUUUUACUAGUGUGUGUGUGUGUGUUUUUUUUUUGUGCUUGUAAGCAAUUUGUUGACAAAAAAAAGAUUCUACUUUCCCAACGAGACUUUUUUUGUUGCAUUUUAGAUAUAAUUGGUGAGUAAGUUUGAUUUGCCAUGUAAUUCUCUUAACAAUUUAUCAAAGCGGGGUACAACUUAGGAAGAACAGGAAAGUUUAUGGAAAUAAUAAUUUCAUUAUUUUCAGUUUCGUUUUUUGUUGUAAUUUAGUUUAAAAUAAUCUCAGAGAAUUGAAAUUUGACAGAAAACUUAUAUUUUGCCUUUUUAAAAUGUUUAUGUUCGCGUUUUUUUACGUAGUUUUUAUUUAGUAUAAGUAUUACGUGAAUAUAAUUAUUCGACCAAACAGAAAUGCUUGAAAAUUGAACAAGAAGUUCAUUAUAAGUUGUACUUAGUGGUCAAAAAAAAAAAAAGUGUUUAUAAUGGUUUUAAGAAAUUUUUUUAUUGAAAAUAGUAAAUAUUACGAUCUUUCAAAUCAUGUGUAAAUAAACUUCGUUUAGAAUCGUUUUUCGUUAGCAAUGUUUUAUUUUUUCUUACAAAUAUAACUCAAAUAACUUGUUGUAUCAUACCUUUUUAAAUUUCCACCUUCAACAGUAGCGCACCCGUCAACUGAAGAGCUAUAUCAGCUCUUCGUCAUAUAAUUUGUUAGCUUAAAAUGUACUUUUUUAAAAUAAAUAUACGUACGCUAUACAUACGUAUUUUGAUUUAUUCGAUUUUUGAUUUAUAUUUGAUUUAGUUUUAUUAUUUUUAUUAAUAAAUUAAAGAAAACUAUAAUUUAACAUUACUUAAGUCCAAUGUGAAGUCUUCUGAAAUACUGGAUUCAUCGUCUCUUGCAGAAAAAAAAAACGAAUUAAUUAUUAAAUCAAAUUUACAUAGGUACGAACAAAAACGCUUGUCUGCGUGAUAACCGUGCGACGACGUGCAUUUCGUUGUGAUGACUAAUAAGCCCAAGAGGCGCUCCUACAACACAACACUAUGAAUUAUUAUUUUAUUAUAGAUGCAUUACAAACAAAAUAUGAUAUGAUAGGUACAUGCAAUUAUUUAAUUUAUUUCUGGUAGUCUGCAUGCAAAGUCAAAUCAUUAUUAACGAAAAACCAUUCUGAGCUAAGGUUGUUUAAACAUGUUUUUAAAUUACGUAAUUUUUAAGAUUUAAUUUAAAUAUUAUAAACAUUUACCUACCUACCAACCUAAUAUCAACGAACAAUAUAAAAAUGACACUCGAUUGACUGACUCUGGAUUAUUCUUUAUCUUUGAUCUGAAAAUAUGAUCCUAUAAGUAACUAUCUUUGUUAUUUGUUAACCGACCUGAUAUUAUACACUUGUUUUACCAAUAGUUACGAAAAACGUUUCUGUCACGUUGGUGUGUCCAGUGGCAUAAAUAGGAAAAUGCCAGAAAAGCAGUUGCAUUAAGGCACUACAUCUGAGUCUUAUUGCUUUUCCAGGAGACCGGGUUUUUUUUUGUCAAUAACAAAAAUAUUUGCGUUGAAAAAAAUAAUAUCUUGUUUUUCAUUAUUGUAUACAAGUACUAUUCUAAUCAAUGAUUAGAGUGAAAUAUCCUGUCUACAACGGACAUCUCUUUCAACGCACAACAUUUUAAGGUCACAGCAAAACUAUAGGGGUUUCCAUGUAUUUUGAUCUGUCUAUAAUGGAAGCGGACAAGAAAAACGGCUAGUAAAAUUCAAAGUAUAGACUCAUACAUAAUAUUAUUCGCUAUAUAACGUCAUAAUAAAAAAUAAAAUGUGGGAAAUAUUGUUUUUUGGGUUAUUUUAAUACGACCUGUAUACAACGGACAACUAUUUAUAACAAACAUUUUUCCCGGUACCUACAGGUGUCACUAAAUAUAUAUUUAUAAAUAACCAAACUUUACCGUUUUAUUUAAGAUACCAAUAGUAUCGAAUAAAAAACCUCGUAAAUUAAAACUUAUAAAUUUAUAUAUAUAUAUAUAUAUAUUCGUAUAUAGCUAUUAAUAAAUCAUAUACCUAUGUAUACUGUAUAUGAUGUAUUUUUUUGAUAUAUCUCUAUAUAUAUAUAUAAAAAAAAAGACUAAUAAAAUACAUUAUGCUAUACAGAUAAGAUUAUAGUGAGGUCGUACUCUUAGUUUUAUCUUUUUACAUUUUAACAUAGUAGGAAAGGAGCUCUUUAAAUAUUCCGCAUUUAGAUCAGAUUUUUAUACUUACGCUAUUGGGUGUAUCUAUUGUGUUCAUUGACGUAUCUAAAGCCGUGCGCGGAAAUAUUUCGGAGUACGUUCAUCGAGUAUCAGUGGUUACAGAUGGUUUCGGUCAUUCGGGGCCAUCAAUUUAAUCAACGCCGGAAAUUACGGAUUAUCGAUAGCCUUCCAAUUAACAACUUUAUACCCACAUUUUUCGAAUUAUUUUGUACAGUUAAAUAAUUCCAUGCGAUAAAUAAUUAUUACCUAUAUUUAAUUAGAGUAGACUAUAUUUAAAAUAUAAACUAUUGGGUUUUUCACAUUUUACGCCAGUCUAUAAUGAAAUUUUGAAAUUAUUUUUAAUACCCAUUACUAAUAUUUUUGUUUCUCGUUUAAAAAUUAAUAUUAUGAAACUUAAGUGUUGCAAUAUACCUAGUAACAAAUAGAAAAAUAAUACCACUAUGUUUGUUUUACCGGCCGAUAAAUAAUAUUUUUAUCAAAUAAUUAUACACCAGAUUAUUUGGUAUUUUUAUCACACAGUGACUGAGGGGAACAACAAAAAUUUUCAAUAUAUUUGAAAUAACCUGACCUACGGUUUAACCUUUCAAAUAACCAGAAACAAUGUUUUAUUAUUUAAAGAUAACAAAUAAAAUUAAAAACGAGAUUAUUCGACAAUAUUUUAACGAGUAUUAUUAUAAUAAUUGACUACUUUUACAAUUAAACAACAACAAUAAACAUGACACCUAAAAUAAUACUUUAAAAAAUUAAAAACAAAAUUAUAUAUUUUGAAAAUAGCAUAAAGUUUUUACUAAAACGUGUUUUUUUUUUUUUUUUUGAGAUUAUAAUUUUUCGUUAGUAAGAAUGGUCCAAAGUGUUGGUUCAUUUCUUUAACCCCUACCCUCCUCUUUGAAGCAAAAUAAAGAGCCUUUAAGAUUCUGAGCGUAACAAGGGAUCUAUUGGUUUUACUAUAAUGUGUGUUAUUUAAAUUCUGAGAAUAACGAUAGAUCUAUUGGUUUUCAAAUGAUGUUUUUGUCUUGUUUUCGUUUUUUUUUCCUUAAAUUAUUUCGGCGAGUUACCCUGGUAAUCAUAAUUUCAAAAUCAUACAUUUCGACCAUGCAGUAUUAUUUAAUUUGUAUGUACAAUUUUUUACAACAAAAAUUAAUUUUUGUACGACUCUCGAUAACUUUAGACCGAACUUCUUUUUUUUUUACUUAUCUUAUUACAUAAAUCUAAAAAAAAAAAUGUAAAUGAAGAUUUAUGUAUUUAUGUAUUUUUGGUUAAUAUUAACUGAAAUAUAUAAGUAUAUAUUAUAGGUGACGAACAACAGUUUAUCUAAUAUCUUAGAUUCUGAGGGGAGCAACAAUCAACAAUAUAUGUCAUAAUAUAACAAAAUAUUAUUUUGAUAAAAUAAUUAAAUAAGCAUUGUAUAUUUUCUUUAAUAAUAAUAAUUGUUUACUAUUGUACCGAUAAUCCUAUGUUUUUUCCUGAUUUUUCAUAUUUGCUGGAAAACUCUUGGGAAAAUCGAAAAAUUACCUCUAUAAAGUAUCUUCCAAUUCAGAUUUCCUUACAGCGCUAUAAUUGUGAAUCGGAGCAAAAUUGCUGGUAAAAAAGUUGUCCACAAAAAAAAAUUAUCGUAAUAUUUUACUAUUAAAUUUCGUACAUUUUCCCGUUUUUCCUCCGUUUUAUUUUUGGUUUUCCACAUUUUAUAAAAAAAAUUCCUGAGAAAAUCGAAAAAAAACCUUCUUAAAGUACCACCCCAAGAAAAUUUCCUUUCAAGGGUCCACAUCGUAAACAUCAAAGUAAAUUUUCUGGUAGAAAAAGCGUUCACAUAAAAAUAAAAAAAUAAACAUCUUUAUAAAAUCAAUACAUUUUUCGCUACAUUCAGAAUCUAAAAAUUGAAUAUUAAUGUUUCUAGAAAAAUCCGUCCAAUGCCCUAUCUGUUCUUCUUUAUCUAUCCCAUCUAUCUCGGUUUUUCAAAUGAGAACCUUCACUAAAAAUUCCAUAAAUAGACGGAGUAUUAGUUUAAAUACAUUUUAUUGUCAACGUUUUUUAUUCCCGUAAAACCGUUAACGAGAUAUUCUACUAAUACGUUUAGAUAGGAGAAGAGUAGUGAGUUUUGGAGUGUGGCGGCACGGUGCCCGGCGUUUUAUUAGUGCUCUACUACUCUCCCCUAUCUAAACUUAAUAGUGAAGUAUUUCGUUAACGAGUCAACGAAAAUCAAAAAUGUUAUUAUAUAAAAAAAUAUAUUUAAAGUAAUAUUUCGUCUAUUUAUGGAAUUUUUAAUACAAGUCCUCAUUUGAAAAACUAAAAUUGGUAUCAUCACAGGAUACUCCAAUGUUGUGGAAAAUCUAAAUAUUCGAAAUUAUCGGCUUUAACUACACUUAAAAAUCUCAAAAAUCAGAAUUUGUAUGUAUGCAAAAUGUAACCAAAAAAAUUGGGUGUCCACACUUAGUGAAUCAUUCUAUAUACUAUGUCCACAUAUUUAAUGAUACCGAACUUGAAUAGUAUUUAAAAAGCAAAUUAAUAUUUAAUUGGAAUUCGAUGAGGAGACGGUACUUAAUACAAAAAUAUCAAGAGCACUAAGUAAUAAUAUAUAGGCUACAACUAAAUAUAAAUUAUAUAUAAAAACGAAAAGUGCGGACCUAUGAUGAUUAUUGUAAACAUCGAUAGGGGUUAAAAUCAAAAUAUAUCCCCAGUAUCCCCGAUGAAAAACGACUGUAUCACGAAAAGUUCAAAAUCACAAUGUCAGGACUUGCAGCACAAAUCAAUAAUUCAAAAUAAGGUUAACUUUAUCAUUAAUUAAUAUAAUAGGUGCACUUUUUUUUCAUUUCGUAUUUUGUGUCGAGCAUCGUGUCAUAAAAUAUGCUUACUGACUAUUAUGCUUACGAUUAUUCAUAUAUAGUAUUUUUAUAGGACGUUCUAAAAAUACAAACCAAGGACUUAAAAUGUGUUUUACAAUUUAAAACAAUCGUUGUUUUAUAAUACUCGUACAGUAGUUUUCUUUUGUGAAUUAUAAUACAAUAUAAUUUAUUUAAAUUGCAAAUGAUCGAUAUUUACAUCAUUCAUUUAAUACCUAAUUCUGUAUAGUUCAAUUCACUUGUUCGGUUUAUACAAUUAUUGUUUAUAGAUAUCAGUUAUGAUACGUUAUUCAAAUAAAUUUUAUUUGAUACUAAAAGUAAAUAAAAACAUUUUAUAAUAUUAAAUGAUAAAAUAAAUUACGUACGCGUCGUUGUUAAACCGCGUGAUAUUUACUUUGCCUUCGUUUUUGUACGAAUUUUGUAAUAUUUCCAAUUUUAAAUUUAUUUUUUAUAUGUAUUUUGAUGUGUAGUCAAUAUCGUUAUUUAUGAAUCGAUACACUUUUUUAAUGUGUUCAUUAAGUAUAUAAUUUUUUUCUUCGUCAAAAUUCUACGUUAACAUUAAAUAUUUUAUUGCAACUUAGGUAUAGAUAAUUAUUGUAAUGAUGGUUUAUUAUCUAAAUUGUAUUCUUUAUACAUUUUCAUUUGCAUUUAUAUAAAACUAGUUUUUAUAAUUGGAUUAAUGCAUGUACUUAAAGUACAAAAGUUAAUUAUAUAUCAUUGAAAAUAAAAUAAAAGCAUAAUAUCUAAAGAACUAUAUAUAUAAUAUAAUAACUAUAGAUAUAAAUCGGGCUGUAAAUUUGUAACAGUAAAUUUAGUUACUGCAUGACAUAUUGUGUACAACUUUCUUAAUAUAAUUACGAAUUAUGGUUCAUAAUAUUAAUUUAUUUUAAAUCAGAUUUGAGACUUUCAUUUCGCUUUUUUGGCAUUUUCCUUUUUUCCCUCUUAUAUAAUCAUUUAUUCUCCUUUUUUAAUGUACUUCGUGGCAUUUUUUUGGUAUUUCCGGUUUAGUACCUACGGAAUACAUUUAUCAAUUAAAUAUAUUUUAAAAAAUAGUUUUAUCCAGGCUGUUAAAGUUUAUUCAGUUAUAUUUAUUUUUUUUUUAUUGGAAAAUUCAAAUGAUUUCUAUAUGAAUUUUUAAUGUAUAAAAUGUACAGUACUAUAGACUAUAUUAACUACAUAUUAUAUAAUAACACAAAGACUAUAAUUAUAAUAUAUAAUUAAAAUUGUUUAAGAGGUUAAAAAUAUAACAAUAAAAUAUAGGUACUUGUAUUUUAUUCACUAUAGUCAAUGAAUUAUAAUUCAUUUCUUCAAUUUAUAGUUUUACAUGCGUUAACACUGUACGAGUGUUAUCGGUUGUUAAACUAGUAAAAUAGUGUUUGAUUUAUACUAUACGCACGUUCGGGAUUUUGAAACUGUAAUUGAAUAACUCUGCGCACUGUGAACGUCCGACGAAAACGAUUCGUCGAUUACUAUUUACUUUAUUAUCACAUUUUAAUGAAUAUUUGCUUAAUUACUUACUGUAAAUCCAUUACUCGGUACUACUGUCUAGAACAUAAGGUGGGAAUCUGGAGCUGUCCAACGCGGCCUCUUUGAGACGUAGUUUUAGUACCUUUUUGAUGCGUUAUUUAAAUUGCACGACGAGCGUAACUUUUUACUCUUGAGGUUAUGGUGAAAAGAAUAAAUUUCAUUAUUUCAUAAUUUCACCGGUAGGUAAGCAGGGGGACCAUGGGGACUAGACCCCCCUCCACCCUAAACUUUUCACUAAAACAUCAGAUUAUUGGUAGUUAGUGAUAUAUUUUAUGUUUUGAUCCCCCCCCAAAAAAACACUGGCUACGUGCCUGGUUUGGAGUCAGUUACCAUCAUACUAAACUUCCACUUGAGAUCUCUCGUCCAACAUUUACCACCUGUGCACAUUUUAUUCUCGAACGCUUCUGACUAUAUUUUUUAGAUUCUGAGUAGAGCGAAGAUGAUUUUUUUUUUUUAUCUGUUAACAACUUUUCUAUCAAAAGACUUGCUCGGAUUUUUAAGUGCUGCAAGUUUUCUGAAAGGAAAUCAGUGUAGAGAGAUACUUUAGGGCGGUCAUUUUUCAAUUUUCUCAAGAUUUUUUUCAUAAAAUUUGAAAAAUCAAAAAAUAAACGGGAAAAUAUACAAAAUAUUACUAUUUUUUUUUCUGUGCACAACUUUUCUACCAGCAAUUUUCUUCCAACUUUUAAUGACGGCAAUUUUUCUAAAAGGAAAUUUUCUAGGGAAAUACUUUAAAGAUAUCAUAUUUCGAUUUACUUAGGAGUUUUCCCAGUAAAUGUGAAAAACCGGUAUAAAACAUAAAAAAAACAUUAUUAAAGAAAAUGUAUAAAACUUAUUUAAUUAUUUUGCUAUAAAAUGUUAUAUAUAUUGUUGACAAAGUAUCAUUGUCAAUUAAAUUCCGCUCAGAAUCGUUUUUUCGUAAGCAAUGAUUUAUCGUUGCUUACAGGUUUAUAUAAAUUAUCUAUAACAGUGGCUGUAUCCGUCCUCAUUAUCCUAAGACGUCUUUUGCAGUCUUCCUCUCCACCUCUAUUUUCCUACCUUUAUUUUCAUUACAACUCUUACUGCUUCAAAUUCAUCCCUCUGCUGAGCAUGCCUAAACCAUCUAUUUUCUCUCAUUUUGUCUAUUAUCAAAAACCUGCCUAAACUACCAAUUAUGUACUCUCUACUCUAUCUUCUCACCUCACUCCACUUAUCCACCUAAGCAUUUUUAUUUCUCUAUACUCAUUAUAUGUUUUAUGUUUCUGUCUAUCAUGCAGGUGUUUAUUACCUGACGCUUCUCUUUAUUUUAUCCAACCGUAUUCUAUGCUUAGAUCAUCAUUAAAAAUUAAUAAGUAAACCUAAAAAUAACCUAAAAAGUAUAACUUUCAUAUAUUUCCAUAACCAUUUUAAAAUUACCAGUUUUACAGACAAUUGUAAUUAUUAAUUUGAAUUGAGUAUGGUAUAAGUAUACUUACUUUUAAAGUUAUGAAUAUUUUGAAAUCAUGAUAAAAAAAAAUCUAAUUCGAAUACAUCGAUAAAUUGAUUUACUAUGUAUGUUUAAUGUUUAUAUAUAAGUUCAAUCUCAAUUAACCCCCGUAGUUAUGAAAAUAACUUUUGAAGUAUUGAGAAAUAUCGAUGUUGUAAGUAAUUGGCUAGGUAUAUGAUGAUUUAAUUUUUUUAAUUUAUGCAUAUCAAACAUUUUUGAAAAAUAUCUUUUACCGUAACUCGCCUUUGAAACACAAAAGUAAUUUUGAAAAAAAUUAUGAAUUAUAAAAACAUCAAAUAUAGACAAAAUGUUGGCACUCUGUAUAAUAUCGAUAAUAAACCGAGACAAUAAUAAUAGACGAUUGUAAAAAAAUAAAUUACAAUUUUAUUGUACUUGUUAAAUUUGUAUAUAUAUAUAAAGACUUUGGAGUUCGUCCAGUUUAAUUUCUUCAUUAUUUAUCAAGCUCGACUAAUUGCUACUGUAGGUAUGUAUUUGUGCGUCUUAUUACGCAAAUUGUAAUGCAUAUUGAGGUUACCCGCAUUUAAAUACAUCAUACACGAUGACGAAUUAAACUGACAACACAUUUUUAACAUACCUAUUAUUUUGUCUCAGAAUUCUUUAAACUUGUACAUAAUUUAUUAGUUGCAGUGUAGUUUAACUAAUUUUUAUUUUUUGACCGAAACCAUUUAGAUUAUUACAUUUUUACUCCUUUGAUAAAACGCCGACAUACUUGACAAAAAAAACAAAAAGAAUCUAAUAAACGUGUCAUUCCAUAUUAUAUUAUAGUAUAAUAAUAUUCUUCGGGGCCUUUCCCGAUCGUCAAAUAACCGCUCGUAAAAUGUUCAUAUCGAGAACGGAUGAUCUAUUGUGAUUUACGACCAAAUUCACAUAGUUCCUCUGCAGAAUAUAGUUUUAUCGUAUUGAUUAAUUCAUUACGAUAUUUUCUAUGUAGAUUAUUAAUUAUUAUAAUUUUAAAGAGUAAUAAUAAUGAACCACAUAAAUACAUAGGUACCGAGCAAUAUUAGCAAUAUGAUCAAAUAUUUUAUCAGUUUCUUUUUGGUUUAAAUCAUAACAAUGUUACGAUUUCAUAUCAUCAACACUGCAAGCUGUAUUAACAUACUAUAAUUGUAAUGUUGAAAAAAAAAAUAAUACAAUGUUUCGUUCAAAAUGUGAUAUCUAAACGUUGUUCAAGUACUAUAAUACGCAUAGUAAUCAUUUUGUUUUGCGCGUUUCUAAACACCCAGUAAAAGAACACAAUAUUAUCAAAUUCAGCGAUACUAAUAAUAUAAAGCUAGGUAAGAUUGGUGCUAUGAUGUAUUUAUCGAUGACCCCCAUUUCCAAAUGUCAUCGGCUUACGCGCGUGGUUACGAUUCAAGUACCUACCUAUUCAAUUGAAAUAUUAUGUCGAAAUCAGUUAUCGCUUAUCGGUUACCAUAUUAUUAUUACACCCGAUCAUUAUUGUUUUACCCUCUAUAAAGUUAUCGUAUUAUUUCGCGUGGUUAAAUAACGAACAUCGUCUUUUUCUCUUAUAAUUAUAACAAUAACAAUAUGCCUACAAUUAGUGAAAUAUCCGAGUAGCGGGUCAGUGACUAACGUGACUAACGCAUAAGAUUUAAUAAUAAAUUUAAGGCCAAAUAAAAUAUUAGUCACCAAACGCGGUUUGGCGACCAACGUAUUUGUAUUGCAGCUAAAAAAACGUAUUAUAAGUAUUUACACAACAUCAUUAUAUAAAAAUAAAACCGUUUACUGUCUAAAAAUCACAGACAGGAACCAAAACAGUUUUUCAUUUUCAUUGAUUUUAUUAAUGGCCGUAGUUAUAGAUGUAAAUAUAUAAUUGUUUCGUUAAAGGUUUCGGUUUCUGUCUCAUUAACCGGUCCAGUAACCGUUUAGUUUAAGUUCAGUGAUUUAAUUAUUAUUAUGGGACUCUAUGGCAUACUGAGGAACUGACAAUGCACGAAUCGGGGAAACAAAUGCUGACGGACGCCGCGCUGGUUUGAGUUUAGAAAGAUGGGUUCCAUGGUUGAUAAAUGUUACAGUAACUAGCCGGAGACUUUGUCUUAAACUUAAAAAUAUAAUUUUAUGUUGAUCUCUGAUUUUUAGAUAAGAAUAAAAGUGAACGGAAAAUACGCAUAUUGAAAAUAUAAUUACAUGAAUUCUUUAUCUCUAAGGAUAUACGAAUAAAAUAUAAUAAUAAAAAUGUUUUUUGGUAUUUUGGUACUUUUUUAGUAAUACUCAACUGAUGGUCCAAAGUGCCAAUGAAAUAUCACAUUUUCAACUUCGUGUGGGGAGUUAUUUUACUUAAUCUAUUAUUUAUUUAUGUUUUUUUACAAUUUAUUUGUGAGUCCUUAGGAUUUUUGAAUCUGUUUAUAAUAAAUAACCAGAAGAAUCAUUUGAGCACAAUUGACGAUACAUGUUUAACUCCAUUAUCCGUGCAAAAAUUUAAAACUUGUUAGAAAAAACCAAGUUCAAAAAAAACAGUGUUGAUACUGGAGUCUGGGUACGGCCAUUGUUUUAAAAACCAUUGAUAACGAAAAACGAUUAGAAGCGAAAUUCGGUUAUACAAAUUUUGAAAGGCUGUAAAAUUUACGAUUUUAGUUAAAAUAUGAUUUUAAAACUCUUAAGAAAAAAGAAAAGUACCUACUAUACUUCAAACAAAAUUUGACAAAUUCUGACCAAUAAGUAUGUCUUAUAACAGCCUAUCAUUUUUUUAAGCAUUUCUGUUAAAUCUAACAAGUUAUCUACAAAGUAGUAUCUACCGAAAACAUUUACGAAAAACACUCGAAAAAUUAAAAUGUCUUUAAAUAGCUCAAAUUUUUUGAAAAUUUUACUAUAUAUAGCAAUACUAAGUAUGCCUUUUUUUCAAAAUUUCUAGUCUCUAUGACAGUGUUAACCUCAAUAGCAAUGAAAAAUCAAAAUUGAAAAUAAUAAAAGCAUUAUUUUUUUGUAAAAUUGUCCGGUUUUUUUUCGGUUUAUUGUUAAAAUGUUUGUUAAAACAAUUGUUAAAAAAAUUGUUAAAAAAAUCAUAAAACGAAAUACUUACUUACCAACUAGAUUAAAAAUUCAACAAAACAGGUUUCUUGUUGUAUUUCUAUUGGAUUAAUUUUUAUGGUAGAAAACAUAAGUUCAACAUAUUAAAAUAAUUAAACCGGGCGCGGCGUUGCAGUAUAAAUAUUAAUCAAUUUUGAAUUUUUGGUUUUUUCCAACAACUUGGAAAACUACUUUAGACAUUGAAAAAAGACUACUUACUCUGUCAGUGGCGAAAUAUUAAAAGGAAGAAAAUUGAUCUUACGUCAUUUUUGAAUUGGAGCAUGAUUUCUGGUAGAAAACAUCGUGUAAACAUAAUAAAAAUAAUUAAAACGGUAACGCCACAAUCCGCAAUGAAUUACCGUUUUACCUUUAAUUUUCUUUCGGGUUUUUCCCAAUUAUUUCGAAAACCCAUUUUAAAAUCAAAAAAAGGCUUCCCCAAUGCACCAAUGCGAGAAAAUUACCUUUCAGAAAACUUGCUAUAAUAGACUAUAAGCAAUUCUAUACUUUGGAGGAAGUUUUCUGGUAGAAAAGUUGUACACAGACACGAAAAAUGAAAAAAAAAUACACAUGCACAUCAUAGUAAAACCAAUAUAUUCCUCGCCAUGCUCCAUAUCUAAAAUUAUAUAAGGUUAACAUAAAUUACAUUACUAGUACUUUUUAAAUAUAGGUUGCAAUUUGAAAAUAAAAAGUAGGAGGUCAGUUUACCCCCAAAAAUAUCUAUUGGUACCAUAAUAUAAUGUACUAUUAUUACUGUUGCAACGAAAAAAAAGAUAUCUUAAUUCAGGAUAUAUCUUUUUUCAGCAUCAUUCAGGAAAAAAGUCGUAUAUAAGAAGACCAAAGAGAUGAGAUUAGAAAUUCUUCAUUGCACUCGUACAUUAAUUAUUGUUUUUUUGUCUUAAUAUUACCACAAUAAUUAAAUUUACUAUUGAAUGAGGGAAAUUCAUAAAAAAAAAAAUAUAUAAUUAUACAUUUAAAUGUUACAUUGGUGAUAAUAUUAUGUUUUUGACAUAAAAAAAGCUAUUAUUACGAAAAUUAUAAUAUUAAUAGUGUCGAAAACCUAUGUAGAAUAAUUAUAAUUUGUGGUAGACAACUAAUAAAAUAAUUUGUUCAAAUUGAUUUGAAAAUAUAAUUUUAAAGAAAAAAAUCCAUUAACAUUAUCGAUCACAGUAUUUUUAAAACUAUAGUACCUUUAAAUUGUAUUGUUUACUGUUGAACUUAUUAUUAUUUGUAUUGUUUUUUUUUUGUCUAUUUGUAAAAACAUAAUCUAAAAAGACGCUUAAGAUACAGAAACGGGUGCAGCUACUAUUAUAGAUAAAUUAAUGUUUACCUGUAAGCAACGAUAAACCAUUGCUUAGGAAAAAACAAUUCUGAGCGGAGUUUAAUUGAUAGUGAUGCUUUGUCAACAAUAUAUAUGCCAUAUUGUAGUAAAAUUAUUAAAUAGGCUUAAUAAAUUUUCAUUAAUAAUGUUUGUUUAUGGUGUACUGAUUUUCCCAAUUUUCCUACGUUUCCCUGUUUUCCCAUGUUUUAUCACAUUUUCUGGAAAAACUCAUGAGAAAAUCGGAAAAUGACUCGCUUAAAGUACCAUUCUACACCGAUUUACUUUCAAAAAAGAUGUUACACAUAGAAAUCCAAGCAAGUCUUCUGUUAAAAAAGUUGUUAACAGAUGAAAAAAAAAUAAUAAUAAAUUUCUUUGUAAAACCAUAAACGUCUUAUUUCCACUCAGAAUCUAAACGAGUUUUAAAAUUAUUUGAUUUUUAAUUUUUUUGUCUCUCAUCAGAAAUGUAAAAUCUAUAGUAUAGUUUUAUACACAAGGAUAAAUCCUUUCAAUCGAGAAACGAUUAUGAGCAGUUAGUUCGGCUAAGCAUAUUUUUUUUCCCAUCAUGUUAUUUUUCCCAUUUUUCUCGAUGUUAAUUAUUAUUGUAAAAAAAGUAAAAUCAAAAAAGUUAACCCCCAAAAUAUCAAAGGGACAAAAUUUGCUACUAUACCCUGAAGUUAAUGAAUGGAACAAACUGUUCACAGACCACAGAUAUAAUAUAUAAUAUACUAGACUACUAACUAUCAUAAUAAUGUUUUCUAGGGCUUAGAAUCUAUUAUCACUUCUAUGUUUCUAUGAUAUCAGAUAUUAGGAUAGUAUGGGUGAUAAGGAAGAUAGUAAUAUCAUUAGGGUUGAGAAUGUAAUUAUUAUACGAUUAUCACGUUUAUAUGUAUCAUGCAAUAAUAAACGUGAAAAUUAUCUUAUUCACGUUUAAAAAUAAUACUUAAAACAAAUGUUUAUCAAAGCAAGUCACUAUAUAUUUGGUUUGAAAUUACUAUUAUUCGACAGUAAUACGAGUACCUAUUUAAUGACAAAUUAUGUACAAAAAUCACGUUUUAUAAAAACGAAAUGUUUUUUGAUAAUUAUUAUUCUAACCAUACAUUUUUAAUCGAAUAAACAAAUCGUUAAAAUAUGUAAAUAUUGGUGUAUGAAAUAAUAAAUAAAUAAAUGUUGAUUAUUUUUAUUUUUAAUCAAUUAAAUUUUAAUAAUUUAUUGAUAGCUCCUCAAACGCCCGACCAGUAAUAAACAUCGAUAUGCGAAACAAAUGGUUAUAUAAAAAUCAUAAAAUAAAAUUUAAAAUUAUUAUUUAGAUUCAAAUCCGUAAAAUGUCCUUAAAAAUUGAUUUAAAAUUAAAAAACUUAAAAUAAAUUAUUUUUCUCAUUAAAAAGCACACGAAACAAAUGUUUAGCAAAACAAGCAUCGCACUGCAAGUCUAGGAAAAUAAAUGCAAAGACUUGCUUGUAUUGAAAACUAUACGAAAUUGACUUAAUUGACCCUACUUCCCUAUCACCUAAGAUAAGAAGCAUUCAGCUAAAGUACACACGUUGAUCCGACGUUUAAAAAAAAUAUAUAUCCCAUGCUCCGUCCGAGAUCGUGGACAAAUUUUCCAUUUUGUCACAUCACAUUUAAAUUUACAAAUAAUAAUACACCGCGACCACACACAUAAAUACGUUGAAAUGAGCAGACCGAAAUAACUAAGUGCCCAUUGUCCAACAAUGGUAUCGCUAAAUUAUUAUUGUUGUUCUACUUAUAUUUUUAUUAUUAUUAUUAUUAUUUUCAUAUGGUUACUUAAUAAUAUAUUAUAAUUAUUUAAACAAUAUUCCUGAACGCUCUUAUUGUUACAAUUAUUGUUUUUAUAGUUUUAAUUUAGUCUUUCUGUAUUUCAAUAAUAAUUCAUUCGACGAGCGUAACCGCAACGAACUAGAACAUAUUAAAUAUGUAUUUUUUAAAAACAUUUUUUAAGUGGAGUCGUAAUCACCGGAAAAUAUGACACGGACGAAAACUUCUGUAUUCUAUUUUACAAAAAAAUAAAAUAAAAUAAUGGUUUUCUAUACUAAUAUUUAAAAAAAAUAAUUAUGAGAAAAACAAAAAUAAAACGCUCGUCCAAACGAAUAAAACUAAAAGUUUAUUUUAUAACGUAUCCUAAUAGUUGGUAACUGUAUUAUGUGUAUUUUUAUAAUUAUGACUCUGAAGUUAAUAUUCCAAUUUUUUUCUUCUUCUUCUAAAACGGGUGGUACUUUUCUUGCUAACAAUGUGUUUUAAUAUCACUUAAAUUUUAUAAACUAAUUUUUUUGUUUUCUAUUUAGGUUAUUUUUAAUAUUUUUACUAGUUUUGGUUAAUUUUUAUCAAUUUUCCAUUAACUAUGAGAGAAAAAUCACGGGCUGUCUAUUAUCGUUAGCGUUCAAGUUUGACCCGAGCUGAAUAUUUAAGUAUUUGGUAAUCGGUAAUUAUGUCCAUGAAAAAAAAUGGGAUAAUAUGGCGGAAGUAAAAAUAUGAAUAUACAGAGUAAUUUUUUUAUCGUGAACCAGCAAUUAUAUCAGAGUAUUUUAAGGGAAUUCGGUUUCUGUUUUUUUUAAUCAUUGUGGAAUUGUUCAAGCUUUGUUGCACAGUAUUAUGAGAUUUACCGUUUAUGUGUUAUAACAGUUUAAAGUUUAGACCGGAGGAGUAGGGAAAGAUAAUAAAUUGCCCAUCUAUUAACUCAUAAACGGUAAAUCUUAUAUUAGUGUUAUACAUACCAAAAUUUCUAGAAAAAUAUUCUCUAUUAACAUCUGUGUUCAAAAGGGGAGGUUCCUAUUUGAAAAUUAAAAUAUGCGCUCAUUUAAGGUACAUGGAGUGGAGGGAAAAAAUUAAAAACGGUUUUAAAAUAAAGCUUAAACGACUCCACAAUGAUAAAAAAAAAAACAGAAAUCAAAUUCCCUUAAAAUACUCUGAGAUAAUUACUGAUUCAUGAUAAAAAAAAUCACCCUGUAUUUAUAAAUAUAAAUAAAAAACUAAAUAAUACAAUUUUAAUAUUUUUCUAAUCUAAAUAGCAAAUAACAAAAUUAUAAUACAACAUUUAAUGACUUGUGAAAUUGUGUAAAAUCAAUCAUUCGAGUUAAAAUAUUAUAUGUACAGUUUUUAGAAUUUCAUGUCCCAGUCAAUAUUUCCAUGAAAUACAUAUUUUUUCAUAUUUAACAUAUUUUUUAUGGCGUAGGGAUAGUGGCGCGCCCAUCGCCCAGCACAUCAAAAAGUGUGUUGCAAUAGCCCCACACUGACUUUAAUUAGUUGGUGUGGACUGGCCCUCCGGGUUGGGGGUUGAGCGUAGGGCUAACAACCCUACCUCAUAAAAAAAAUAGAUGUUAAGAAACAACAACAUAAUAAGCCUCGGAUCAAAGAUUUAACGGAUAUCAACAUUGGAACCUGGAACGUGCGAUCUUUGUAUAGGGCUCCAGCUUUGACAACAUCCCUAUCGUGUCUUGAGCGAUAUGGGAUGAAUAUAACUGCGAUUCAAGAAGUGAGAUGGACAAACUCAGGUAGCUUGAAAUCUCAAGGAAAUACAUUAUUAUACAGUGGUGGAGAUAAACAUGAAUACGGGGUAGGUUUCGUAAUAAGGGAUAACGCUGCGACAAAUAUAGUGAGGUUCCAACCAAUAAGUGAUCGGAUAUGCUACAUAGAACUCAAAUGUAAAUGGUACAACAUGUUCCUAAUUAACUGUUAUGCACCGACAGAAGAUAAGAGUGAUGAUAUAAAAAACAAAUUUUAUGAAGACUUAGACUUGGUGUGUAACACCCUACCGAUUGGUAAGCCGAAAAUAAUACUAGGGGACUUCAAUGCGAAGAUUGGAAAGGAAAACAUAUACAAACCAACAAUUGGAUACGAAAGCCUUCACGAAAUUACGAACGACAAUGGAAACAAACUAAUCACUUUUGCCACAACCAAAAAUAUGAUAAUAAGUAACACGUUCUUCCCUCAUAAGAAUAUACACAAACAAACAUUUAUCUCCCCAUGUGGGUUAGUAAGAAAUCAAAUAGAUCACAUGUUAGUGGACAACCGGAUAAAAUUAUGUGUCAAAGAUAUAAGAAGCAUGCGAGAGUGUAGUGCGAUGUCGGACCAUUUCCUCGUGAAAGCGAAAAUCAAACUCAGAAUAUCAACAAAAUGGAGAAAAAAUAAUAAGUACAAAGAAAAAAUUAAUAAGGAUAUACUGAAGACAACAACAGCUGAAGUGCACCAAGAAAAAAUAUCGAUAAAAUUACGAGAUAUACAAGAAAUGGCGAACCUAAAUGAAACCUGGGAAAAGGUAGAGCAAGCAAUCAAAAUAACAGCAAAGAAAGUACUUGGAUAUAUACCAAAAAAAAACAAAGAAAAGAUGGUUUAAUGAUGAAUGUAAAGCUGCUCAAGAGGAAAAAGAAAAAGCAAGAACAAAAGUUUUACAGAACCCUAGUGAAGACAAUAAAAGACUACUAGCACAAAAAUAAAGGGAUGCAAUAAAGGUCAUCAGAAUGAAUAAGAGGUUAUGGGAAAAAGAUCGGGUACACACCAUAGAGAACAACAGGAAUAACAACUCCAAAAUAUUUUUCGAAAAAGCAAAUGAAGUUAAACGUGGAUAUCAAAUUAGACCAACAGUUAUGAAGAAGCAUGAUGGAUCCUUACUAACGCAGAGUAAAGAAAUUGCGAGUGAAUUCAAAGAUAUGUUCGAAAAAUUGUUAAACCAACCAAAUGAAAAUAACCCCAUACUUUAAUACUCUACUGUAGAACAGCAGCUUGAAAAACCAUCAGAGGACAAAGUGAAGAUGGGACUAGAUAUGCUAAAAAACGGGAAAGCACCGGGAGAUGAUGAAAUAGUAUAUGAAUGCCUAAAAACGGGAGGCCAAGGUCUACUGAACCAACUCCACAAACUUAUGAACACAAUCUGGGAACACGAGGAGAUACUCGAAGCAUGGCGUAUAUCCAUCAUAUGCCCUAUACACAAAAAAGGAUGCAUCAUGGAAUGUGAAAACUAUAGAGGGAUCUCACUACUCAAUACUUCAUAUAAACUAUUGUCCAACAUACUACUGACUAGAAUUAACCCAUACAUCAAAGAAAUAAUUGGAGAGUACCAAGCUGGUUUUAAGCUAAGAAAAUCAACAAUAGAUCAAAUACACAUUGUAAAACAAGUUGUUGAGAAGAGUCACGAAUACAAUAAAGACACAUAUCUACUAUUUGUUGACUUCAAAGCAGCGUAUGACUCAAUCAACAGAGACAAACUAUGGGAAGUCAUGGACCAGUUAGGAAUACCAGCCAAGUUAACCAGAUUAAUAAAAUCGUGUACGUAUAAUUCAAAAAGUAAAAUUNCAUAGAAAUAAAAGACAAUCAACAUCUAACAGCAAUUGCUUACGCGGAUGAUAUAGUAUUAUUAGCCGGAACAGUUAAUGACCUAAAAGACACAACAGAUAUAUUGCUGAAGGAAGGGAAAAAAAUUGGCCUAAAAAUUAAUGAGACAAAGACAAAAUACAUGAUAGUAUCUAGACAAAAUCACAGAUCGGAUUUCUUGAAAGUAAAUGAGUACACAUUUGAAAGGGUAAGAAAUUUUAAAUACUUAGGUGCAGAUAUUAAUGAAGAUGCUACUAGCCACGAAGAAGUGAAAAGACGGCUCAUCGCAGCAAACAGGUGUUACUUUGGACUAUUAUCAUUGUUCAAAUCAAAACUAUUAUCAAGGAAAUCCAAAGUAACAUUAUAUAAAGUUCUAGUCUGACCAAUAGCUCUAUAUGCAAGCAGUACUUGGUCGACGACAAAGUCAGAUGAAAAAAAGUUAGAAGUAUUUGAGAGAAAGAUAUUUGGCCCAAAGAAAAACAAUGAAGGAGAAUAUGAAAUACGUAGCAAUAAAAAUUUAGAAGAAUUAUAUAACGAAACCAAUAUUGUAGGGAUCUUGAAAAGCGCACGAAUAGGCUGGGUUGGACAUGUAUGGAGAUCAAAAGGACUAAUCGGACAUAUAACUGCAUGGAAACCAAACGCAAAGAGGCCCAGAGGACGUCCUAGACAGAGAUGGUCAGAUAGAAUAAAAAAAGACCUAAAGAGGUUGGGAGUAAGGAAUGCUGAAGAAACGGCACAAAAUAGAGAAGACUGGAUACAAUAUGUUGUUGCGGUAAUGGGCCUAAAAGGCCUGUAAAUAGCCAGAGAAGAAGAAGAACAUAUUUUUUCAAAAACUGGCUUAAUCAGACCUUCCUUGAAACAUUUAUUCGUUCCCAAGUAGUUUGAAAAUCAAAAGGUGGUAUAUUCUAAACAUCGGUUCAAGUUUUCUGGUAGAAAAGUUGUACACAAAGAGAAGAAAAACACCCAUUAUAGUAAAACCAAAGAGUUCCUCGCUAGGAUCUGAAUCUUACAAAUAUAUUUAACAAAAUUUAAUAUUAAAAACUAUUCACUAUAGAAAAACCUUUGAUCACUUUCCAAGAAAACAAAUAAAUAUUAAUAAUAUUUUAAUAUCAAUACAUCAAUCUUGUCUAUAUUCUGUGAAAUAUUUUUUUUUCUUACCGAGUGUGCGCCUAUUAUAAAUUAUAAUUUGCAUUAAUAUUUAUAUUGCCUAAGCAUCCUAUGAUUUGCUCCUUUUAUUUUUAAUAUUUACCUAAAAUUUGUAUAAGUACGACAUGCUUUGUAAAAGAAAGAAUAAAGUUUCAGUGUAUUAGACUUACACACAUCGAUAACAAAUUAACAUACCUAUAUUAUGAUAAUGCGCUUCCUUUUUUCAAGUGGGGACGUAGAUGGACGAAAAAUGUUGAAUGUUAAUCUUUUUUUCCUAUCUAAUAUUGAUUUUGAUUAUGUUUCGAAUUGUAUUUAUGACUAUAAUUCUAUAUAGUAAUUAGGAACAUUUUAAAAUGCAAAUAUAUUAGGAUCAAUUAUCAAUGCACAUAAAAACGAAUUGAUAAUAUUUUGUUACAUAUAUGCAUAAUAUUACGCUGAAUUAAUAAAAUGUUAACAAUAACUAACUAUAUUAAUAAUUAUUUCAGUUGAUUUCAUUUUCUCGAUACGCACAUUGGAUCACGUAUUAGUGAACAAUUUAAAUGUUUUUAACGUGUACGGCGUUUUCUAUAUACCAUUAAAAUGGGUACUUAUUCGCAAUCGGUUUUAUUGUUAAGUUUUCGUGCUCUAAUUUGGGAGAGUGGAGUGCAAAAAAACUUCAUGAAAUGACAUCGCAGCUCUGCAUGGUCCGUUUUUCAAAGACCGAACCGGAAUGAUGAAAAAAUAUUAGGAAUUUCGAAAAUAUUUCAAAUCAGUCAAAAUGACCAUCAGUCAAAGAAUCAGCAUUUUUUAAAAUAUAAAAUGAAAACUUUGAACCCUUUUUACUAAAAGUGAACCAAAAAAGUGUUUUCGAAAGUGAAAAAAAUGCACAUCCUGCAUAUCCACCAAAUAAAUACCAAGUAGCUUGUUCAUUAAAUUCAGAAUCUAAAAUGAAAUUAUAUUAUAUUAAAACAAAUGUUUAUUUUUGAAAUAACGAAAAGUAUUGUUUCUAUAUAAGUCAAUUAAAUAAAAAGUAAAAAUAAAUUUCAAAAAAACUGUUAUAUUCAUUUUUUUACGUAUUUUAUGAUUAAUGUGAAUGAAAUGAAUUGUAACCGAUAGAAUACACACACAACACGGCCCGAACUCUAAUACCAACCGGUUAUUAAUAAUGGACGCAACAUUAAUAACACCGCGCUCAAUUUAAUACUAAGGCAUAACAAAUAAAUACAACACGAGUGUUUUGAAUCAACUAUCAGUUAGCACGCACAGUUUUUAUUUCGUUUUUUCAACAAAUUCUAAAUAUAUAAUAUACCGGUUUGUUUGAGUACGUACUUGGGUAUAAAGGUGUAAUAUACACAAUAACAACAAUAAUAUUAUUUACAGUAUCUUCCCGCAAAGAUACACACCGCUCACUCGCUUUACGAUACCCUAGAAUCCAUCAAAAUUGUCACGAAUAUUUUUCAACUAAUCUGCUGCGAUUUUCAUGGCAAUUUUUUUAUAAUUAUUUGCACACACCCACUAUAGUUAUAUUCUAGAAAACAUUGUUGCUAUUUAACAAAAAAUACUCGCAAAAUCGCUAAAUUUUUACGACGUUUUCGAGUGUUUUAUCAUUUGCUAAAUAAAUACUACGUUUUUUUUUUUUUUUCCAGGACCAGUAACACAAACUAUGCACAGUAUUGUAUUCGACUAUGCGGUUUUUCUGCUGCUGAUUGCGUUGUCAUUCGCAGUACUCAUCUACAGUAAGAUAUCCGGACCCAAGGAACAGACGAAAGCAGAUUAUGUGUUCGCUUCGAAGGGGUCGGUGUCGAUGGGAGCGAUGCUCCUAUCCAUCGCACGUGGUUUCCUCGGCGUCAAAGUUUUUCUGGGUAAAUAACCAAUCGCAUAAUAUCUGAUACACAGAUAUUGUUUUAGGCUUUUAGUCGUUUAAAAUAUAAACCAAAUACACUGCUGUAGAUUACAUUCUUCUCCACCUUUUUAAACUUCUUAGGUUUUGUUUUCUAUUCUCAAUCUCUCUGUCCAAACUUUUUCGUAAAUGUUUUUGAGACUUUGUCCCAACCAGUUUCUUGGUCUUUUCCCGUUUCUCUUUGACGUGACUUCUUAAUGGUCCCAUCAUUUUCAACUUAUUAAAAAUGUAACUGUUUAAAAACUACAUUUUUGCGUAGCUAAAACAUAUAACGCUAUAACGUACUUUUCCGCAAUGCUUACGCGCUUCGAUGAAAAGUUCUUCGGUUAAUUAUCACUAAAAUGAAUAGGAUAAUUCAUAAACACCAUCAUGCAUCUAUUUAAGUACCUAUAUACGAUUAUAUAUAUAAUUUUUUCAUUACAUGUGCUCUCGAAAUUAUGAGAUACGAAACGCACCCUUGAACCAGUUACAUAUAUUAUUUUUAAUUAUGAUCGAUCGUGUAUUGAAAAUAAAAAUGAUCCUUUUAAUACCUAAUAUAUUAUACCUUAUCUAGAAAUCCGUUGUAAUAACAAUAAAAUUUAUCGAAUGUAAUACUGUAAUUCGUUCAGAUAAUAUAUAGCAAGUACCUAUGUAUAGCGAAUUAACAAACUUGGAUUGUAUAUCUUGAUUUAUGAACUGAAAAUUAUCUGAUAUUAAUGAUAAACAAGUUGUCAAUUAAAUUUUUGAAAUUAGCAAAAAAAACUCUACAAUGGUGCAUAUAGGCAUAAGUAUCAUUUUAAAUCUUUAAACAUUAAAAUCGAUCUCGUCAACUUGAAAUCUCAAUUAUUUUUUACAACUAGUUGGAUUAGUUAUUAAAAAUAAUCAACAGUUAGGUUAACAUACAGUUAAUACAAAAAGUACUUUUCUGCUACAUGCAAUCAAGACAAGGAAUACUUGUUAAACUCGUACUUAUAUUACCUACAGAUGUAUUAUUAAAACUGUAGUUAUAAAAAAAAAAAACAUUUUUAAUGGUAUAGACAUUAAACUUUUGAAAAAAACAAUAGAGACAGACAGAACAGGUUGGGACUCUUCGACCCUCGUAUAAACCUACGUGUUGAUCGGCACCUGUUAUAAUAUUUUCGUCGAACAGCAGAUAAUACGAGUAGUAGUAAUAUAUGUAAUGUUCAAAAGGUAUCAAUGCGUGUAAUAAUCAUUAGGACCGGAAUUUAUAAACAUUAAAAAUAAUAACUCGCGUUUUUAAACACGUAGAAAAAAAAUUACGCCAUUUUUAAUAAAACUGAUCUACAUUAGAAUACAAAAUACGUUCAGAAUCUAACAUAUAGAACAAAGAAUUUUUAAUAUAUUUUUAUAGCGAUAUAAGUGAAGUACGUUGUUUAUACAUAUAUAAGAUAAUCAAAUAAUAACGAAAAAAAUACUUGAAAAGUCAAAGAUUAUAAUAUUGUAAAUGUUCAUGAAAAUACAAACAAAUUAAUUUACUGAAAAAUAAAAAAACCACUCCUGACUAGCGGAGUUCCCGCCCAGAGUCGAAUUAUCACACGUCUAUUUUGUAUUAUUGAAAUAUUCUUGUAAAACAAUAAAUUAACUAAUAUUAUCAUCGCCUCGUUAGUUUUACGUUGACGGACAGACUAACAACUUACUAGUCGACUUACAACUUCACCUUACUUAAUCGUUGUAUCUGUAUGCAAUUAUACGUGUUACCAUGACACGCAGCAAUAUAGUCAAAAUAAUAUUCCAACAAAAAAUGUCAAUGUACGAGAAAUUUAUGCGGAUAUAAAAUAUCCGGUGUCGCAAUUUCCCCUUUUUACCCCCCACCCCCCACCCUCCUCCUUGACUACGGGUUUGAACUAGGACUAUCGAAAUUUUCAAAUUUCUAUAUUUGCUAGUUAUUAUUAUAUUAUAUUAAUAAUAAUUGUAUACAACUUUUGUUGCUUUUCUCCCAUACAGGAUAUCCAUCUGAAUUUUACUACAGAGGAAGCGGAAUGUGGGAAACGCUGUACGGUAUGUCCUUGGCGUUUCCGUUAGUCUUGUAUUUUUUCCUACCGGUCUAUUUUAACCUAGGAAUCACUUCGGUUUAUCAAGUAAGUUUUGAACAAACAAGAACAAUAUUAUUGUUAGUAUUUAUAGUAAGUAUACUUAGACAAAAAAUCACACCGGUACAUCAAUUUCUCGUGACUUUAUAAUAAGUAGUGUAAUAUUAUAUGGUAUCGACCUAUAUUUGAAUCGAUCACAAAAAAUAAACUAUUGGAAAUAUUAAUUAUUAAUCAGCUAUCCACGUUCUAUACUAAUUAUUAUUAUAAUAAUUCAAAUAUUUAACACCUAAAAUAAAUACUGCCGAUUUUCUCGAAUCGACUACAUUUUCUUCUACAAACAUGAAGAAAUACAACAUAAACACAAUAAAACAUAGUAUGAUUUUUAACUGUUAUCUUUUAUUUUUCCUGGUAUCGUAUUUACUAUUUAUUUGUAAACCAUUUGAUUAAAAUUAUACUCUUAGGCCACAGGAAUAUGAUUGCAGUAUGUAUAGUAUCAUAGUAUUCAUAUUGGAUAAUGAGACAUAUCAAAAGUACAGUUAGGAUUUGCAUACCUAACCUACUCGAGUAUUGUUUUAGAAUAUGAUAAUCUUUUAUGUUAUACUUAUUACUUGAGGGUGGAUUUUGGUUUUUGGGCAGUAGCAGUGGCGGCAGGGGUGCAUUAAAGGGGGAGCAAAAAUGGCAUUUGACCUGGGCGGAAGUCUUUGGGGGACAGUACAUUUUUUGGAUUAUUUUUUUUGGUUCAAUUUUAAAUAUAUUCAAAUUCUGAUUUUUGAAAUUUGUAAGUGUAAUUAACGGCUGAAGGCCGAUAUUUUCGAAUACUUAGAUUUUUCAUAGCAUUUAAGGAGUAUCCUGUGGCGAUGAUAGGUUUUUCAAAUGAGAACCUAUAUUAAAAAUGCCAUAUAUUGAAGGAAUAUUACGUUAUGUAAAUUUUAGUAAAAAUGUUGGUAAAACAUUGCAAUCUUCUAAUAUUGAUUUAUCCAUCGUAGUUCAAUUGUAUGAAUCUUUGGAAAAAUAGAUCUUCGAAAGAUAUUCAAUAACUUUAUAAAAGAUUCCCAAGAACUUAGCGGAAAGACUGCAUGUUUUUUGGGAAGAACAAGAAUAAAAUACCUGUAUACCUGUAAGCAACGAUAAAACAUUGCUUACGAAAAAAACCAUACUGAACGGAUUUCAGUUGAUAGUGAUGCUUUGUCAACAAUAUAUAUGCCAUAUUUUAGAAAAAUUAUUAAAUAGGCUUUAUAAAUUUUCAUUAAUAAUAUUUGUUUAAUAUUGUACCUAUUUUCCUAUGUUUUUCCCGGUUCUCACGUGUUUUUUCCCGAUUUAUACAUUUGCUGGGAAAACUCCUGAGAAAAUCGAAAAAUUACCUCUAUAAAGUACCUCCCAAAUCGGAUUUCUUUUAGAAACAUUUCUAUCAUUAUAAAUUGGAGCGAAAUUGCUGGUAGUCAAACUAUCCACAGGAAAAAAAACAAUUUAAACUUUAACAUUAAAUGAAAUUAAAAAUUAACAAUAAAAUAUUAUUAUCAUAUAUAUAAUAAAUAUAUACAGGAUGUCCCACGAAGAUAUACCCCUUGGAUAUCUCCGGAGAUAAUCAAAUUCUAUUUUUUUUAUAUUACUCACAGAGAAGAGGACUAAUUACAAAUAUUUAUAUUUAAAUUAAUUUUUUUAUUUUUAUAUUAAAAAAAUAACUUUAUUUUAUUAUUUUCGGACUAUCGCGUAACACGGUUAGGUUAUAUUCCCUAGAUAACAUCGGUUUUCACAUAGAUUAGUAGAAUUUAAAAUGAUUGUUACUUAGAAACUAUUUAUCGGAUAUAAAUCGAACAUACGUUAAAAUUUUCAGAAAAUAAUAAAAUAAAGUUAAUUUUUAUAAUUUUUUUAAUAAAAAAAAAAAUGAAUUCAAAUAUAAAUAUUUGUAGUCAACCCUUUUCCCGGUGAGUAAUAUAAAAAGAAAACAUAAUUUCAUUGUCUGGCUACACUAAACUACAAACCAUAGCUAUGAAAACUUUGUUUCCCUUCUUGUAAUUGUAUGUACCUAAAUCUAAUUGCAUUGUAAAUUGUAAUCUUUUCGGUAAACAUACAAGUAUAACUAGUAUUGAUAAUAAUAGAUAUUAGAUACUAUUAAAAUUAUAGUUAAAAGAAUCAAUAUUCUAAUUUAUACCCCUGCUUUUAUUUUGUUUUGUACAGUACUUGGAUAUGCGAUUCAAAUCAAAAAUGGUGAGAAGACUCGCGUCAGCCACGUAUUACAUCAGAAGUAUACUCAACCUGGGCGUAACAGUUUUCACACCAUGCGUCGCCUUAAAAACCGUGAUGGGAUUGCCGUAUUGGUUUUCCAUCGUUUUGAUAUCCUCGAUAGCCAUACUUUUCACAGUACUGGUAAGAACAUAAUAACAUUUUGUCUGUAUACUGUACAUGUCCGUGAAGUUGGUCCUUCACUUUGUCCGAUCUGUUUCAAAUCGGUGUCAUAUUUUUGCAACUAAUUUUUAACUUUUUACAACCUUUUUAAAAAAAUUUUGAAACCUCAUACUUUCACCAGAAUCAUUUGUUUUCAUAAAUGGGACCGCCCAACCACAUACAUUAUGCAUAAAAUUAUAAAUUAUUUUUUUACCUGCUAAAUCGUCUGUAUAUAUCGACAAUGGGUUGAUGGUAAUCCUAAAUUUCAAUACCGAAAUUUAUGUUAAUUAAUACUCCAUACAUUUAUGAAAUUUUUAAUAUAGGUUGACAUUUGAAAAUUUUAAAAUCAAAAGUAAGUAGUGAUUUUAUCCUCAAAAAUAAGAGUGACAAAAUAUAACAUAAAUGUGAAAUUAUAGAGCUGCUAGUUUCUUAAAUGUACUAUAAAAAAAAUGUAUUUACAUUAAACCAUUCACAAGCAUUUUUCAACUUCGGAGUUAUAAUUAAAUUAAUUCGGUAAAUCGAUUUAAAUAUAUAAUACUUUUAAAAAACACUUUUACACGUGGACCACUCGUAUAUUAACUUAAGCAAAAUUUAAGUGAAUUUAAGUUGCAUUNAUAUAAUACUUUUAAAAAACACUUUUACACGUGGACCACUCGUAGAUUAACUUAAGCAAAAUUUAAGUGAAUUUAAGUUGCAUUAAAGACUUUCUGCACAGGUGACAACUAUAUUAUUUAAUAAUAUUAUCAUUUAAACUGCAAUAAAAGAAAUAUGGAGCGAAUUAACAAUUAUGACGCAGGUAUAAUACCGUUAAUUAAAAUGCCUAUAUUUUAAUAUACCUGUAUACUUAAUAUUUAUAAUCAAUGCUAAUACGUAUUCUGAUGAUGAAACGUAUCGACAAAGAAAAAAACAAUUUUUCCUGGUGUAAAAUUCUUCGCGUAAUAAUGAUGAUGCCUGAAGUAUGUUGUGUAUAUAGUCAAUUCGUAUUCGAAAUAUAUGAUAUUUUAUCAUAUUAGUAAAUAAUGCAAAUAUAUUAUUAUGUCCGAUAAGAACAAUAUCGAUAAGUAGGUACUCAUCGUAUUAAUUUUUGUAAAAAGAAAAUUGUAACACGUGACAUAAAAACGUGUUUUUCUUGAAACAUAUAAAAAUAAAUAUACUCGUGAUUAAUAAAAUAUAGGGAUUAGUAUAUUUAUUUCUUAAUCCAACAAAACAAAAAAACUCUUGUAAAGUGAAAACGUGAAUUAUACCGAGUGAUCAAUUUAAGUAGGUACUCUUAUUUUUAGGGGUAUAACCACUACCUACUUUUGAUUUUCAAAUGGCAACCUAUAUUUAAAAAUUCAUAAAUAGAUGGAGUAUUAAUUAAAAUAAAUGUUAUUGUCAUAUGAUUCUUGUCAAACCGUUUACGAGAUAUUCUGCUUUUAAGUUUUGGUUGGAGGAGAGUAGUGGUGCAUCAUUAACACUCCGCGCGCCUUAACGCCGCACAAAUAAAACUUCACUACUCAAAAAUUUCUACAAUAACAUUUAUUUUAACUAAUACUCCAUCUAUUUAUGGAAUUUUUAAUAUCGAUUACCAUUUGAAAAUCAAAAUUAAGUAGCUGUUUCACCCCAAAAAUUAGGGUGAAAAUAAAUAAUGUAGAUGUUAAAUUUUAGAGCAACUUGUUUCUUAAAAUUGCAAAAAAAAACAAAAUAGAAAGUAAAUACUUUCGGAGAUAUCGAAUGUCCCCCUACUUGUAAAUGGAUCACUCUGUAUAUUAAUAUUAAAAUACCUAUUAAUUAUUAUCUAAUAGGUACUAAAAGUUAAUAUUUCUUUAUACUAGUCGAAACUUGGUUAUUUUAUUUUAUAUAAUGAACCAGCAAUUUUCUUAGAGGAUUUUAAAUGAAUUUGAUUUCUGUUUUUUUUUUUUCAACCAAUUUGGAAUCGUUUAAGCUUUAUUUUAAAACCAUUUUUAAUAUUUGACCCAUAUACUCAUAUAUAUACAUAUAUAUGAGUACAUAUGGCUCCAUAUAAUUUAAAUAUACUUUUGUUUUUCAAAUAGAAACCCCCCCUUUUUUAUUGACGCUUCUCUUCACGUUAUCAAACCACACUUAUUGAAUUAUAUUUAUUAUAAUAUUUUUCAGGGAGGCUUGAGGUCCGCCAUCCUCGCAGAUGCUGUACAGAGUCUGGUGAUGAUCGGUUGCAGCAUAGUGAUCAUAUUUCACGGUUUCUUCAUUGCCAAGGGUCCGUUGAACGUGUUCGAGGUAACCAAACAACGGGACCGCCUGGACUUUUUCAAGUUUGUAUACACAUAUUUUGUAUAAUAGAAUAUAAUGUACAAUAUUAACGCUAUAGAGGUAGAAAUUUUAAUAUUUUGAAUACUUAUUUGUUCUGAGUUCUGGCUCCAUGUUAUAAUUGUACGGGCGAAUGAGAUAAUAUUUUUAAUAAAAAAAAGAAUUCAUAAUGAAAUUGACUUUAAAUAAAUGAACUUGACAUUAAACUACAAAAAAAAAAAGUUGCAGUUUUACUUGAUAUUAUUUUUAUUACUUUUAUUAUUACAAUUUUUGGAAUUAUCUUGCUUUUUGCCCAGAAUUGUAUCGAAUCACAUUAAAACUUCUAAACGGAUAAAAAGAUUUGUCUAGUUACCACAUAAUACGAGGGUAAUUUUCUCUAUCAGAAAUUAUUAUGAACAUGAGUUUUGCUAAAAAAUUAAGAUUUCUGGUUAUUGCACAAAACUAUUCAAUUCCGACCUAUUAACUAUUGAAAAAAUAUUAUAUAUUCCUAGUAGCAGGCACAAUUUUAUUUUAACAUCUUGUUUUCCGUUUUCAGCUUCGACUUGGAUCCGACAAUCCGGGUUUCAACCGUGUCCGCCACGCUCGGACAAUUGUUCAUGUCACUGUCAAUGUUUGGCUGCCAACAAAAUUUCGUGCAGCGCUACUUCAGCAUGGACUCACAAAAACAAGUGGAAAAGUACGUUUUUCACUAAAAACAAUUUUCCCGAACUCCAUAAAAUAAUCCGUUUGUCAUAAAACAGGGCGCUAUGGCUGACCAUACCACUGAUGAUAUUCCUGUUCAGUCUAUCGUGGAUCGUCGGUAUGGUCAUUUUCACCGUGUAUGCCGACUGCGAUCCCCGUGCGCUCGGCUACAUAACCGAUAUCGAUGAGAUCGUGCCAUUUUACGUGGGCGACAGGUUCUACUUUUUGCCGGGUUUUAUGGGGCUCGUACUAGCUAGUCUGUUCAACAGCGGCCUCAGGUAUAAUUAAAUACAAUUUAAUUCUUUUGAGCGAUAAUUUAACCGACUUUGUUUACUCAAAUAUAAUAUGCACCAGACAUCGGAACCUGUGGCGUGAUUUCAGUUUUUGUUGGACUAGGCCCUAGUCUUUAGGGCGACCACUCACUGAUUUUCCGACUAAACAUUUUUUUUUUUUUUUUACGCAGAUUUACUUAGU